UCCUCUGCCUGUUGCAAACCCACGAGCAACCGGUUUCUGCGGGCGUGCAAUUCGAAGCGAGUCCUCUUGCGCUUCGUGGGAAUGAGGCCUGGCCUUUGGUACGGACAGAGCGACCAUCCGAAAUGCCGAAGGGAGGAAAGGAAAAAACUGUGACCUCUGCCCGUCUGCCCAUUAGCAAAUACCGAAGGAAAUUAGUGGAGGCUAUUCGAGGCAACACGUUUGUUGUGGUGACUGGUGAGACGGGAAGUGGAAAAACCACCCAACUUCCCAAAUACUUAUUUGAAGAAGGGUUUGCUAGACAUGGGACAAUUGGUGUGACACAGCCACGGCGCAUGGCUGCCAUAUCUGUGGCUGAAAGAGUGGCAGAAGAACUAGGCUGCCCAUUGGGAGGCAUUGUGGGAUACCAGAUUCGCUUUGAGGAAUGCAUCUCAGAGGUAUGAACUGGAAUCCAGCUUAUUCUUGGGAUUUAUUGUUAUUUAUGUGAGAUUUG